UCCCUGGACUAAUAUCCUCCAUUUGUCUUCUUGUGGGCAUCGCCUGCUAUCCGAGGAUGAGGAUCCCUUUUCUAUUUGUCACCAGAAGCUGUAAGGCUGUUCACAGACUGCAACAAAGCUCAUUUCUCUCUCCAGUUUCAGCUUUAUCGAGUCAUCAGAGGAUUGCUGUGUUGAGAAACACGAGCACUCGUUUCUGCAAAGAAGACAGGAGUUACUACAUUACCACUCCCAUCUUCUAUGUCAAUGCUUCUCCACAUUUAGGACACUUGUAUUCAGCUGUGAUUGCCGACUGCUUACACAGGUACAAGCUACUUCAUGGCUUCAACUCAAGGUUUGCAACAGGCACAGAUGAACAUGGCUUGAAAAUCCAACAAGCUGCUGAAGCUGCAGGAAAAGAUCCCCUGACUUUCUGCACUGAUGUGUCAGAGAGAUUCAGACAUCUCUUCAACAGCUGCAACAUAUCAUACACAGACUACAUAAGAACCACUGAGCAGGCACACUGUCAGGCUGUAAAGCAUUUCUGGGCAGUGCUUUGCAACAAAGGGCUCAUCUACAAGGGGAGUUAUGAAGGCUGGUACUCCACCCAAGAUGAAAGCUUCCUAACAGCGUUGCAGGUGGGCGAUGCUUGGGACUCAUCAGGGAAGGAGAUCAAAGUAUCCCUGGAGAGUGGCCACAAGGUGGAGUGGAUGAAAGAGGAGAACUACAUGUUCCGCCUGUCUGCGUUUCGGUUUCAGCUGCUUGACUGGCUCAGAGGAAAUCCCGGGGCCAUACAGCCGGUGCGUUUUUACCAGGCUGUGGUGCAGUGGCUGCAGGAGGACCUUCCUGACCUGUCAGUCUCCCGCCAGAGAAGCCGCCUUCAGUGGGGCAUCCCAGUCCCAGGUGACACGGAACAAACCAUCUAUGUGUGGCUAGAUGCUCUGGUGAACUACCUUACAGUAGCUGGCUAUCCAGAUAAACACAGCCAAUGGUGGAACGUGGCCCACCACAUUGUCGGAAAGGACAUCUUAAAAUUUCACGCCAUAUACUGGCCAGCUUUUCUCCUAGGAGCUGGACUCCCGCUGCCACAGACAAUAUAUGUGCACUCUCAUUGGACAGUAGGAGGAAAGAAGAUGUCUAAAAGUUUGGGUAAUGUGGUGGAUCCUCUUGAACGCUCACAGAUGUUCACAACUGAUGGUAUGAGGUACUUUCUUCUGCGUCAGGGUGUCCCAGACUCAGACUGUGAUUACACAGACAACAAAGUAAUCAAGCUGCUCAAUGCAGAGCUCGCUGACUCUCUGGGUGGUCUGCUGAAUCGCUGCACAGCUCCAGCUCUUAACCCAGCUCAGGUCUACCCCUCUUUCUGCCCUCAGUGCUUGCCAAGUAAACAUGGAGGCCGGGCUGUGGUUGAAGACUACCAAAUGUUGGAUGCUGUGAAAAACCUUCCUGCUGUGGUGGAGCGGCACUAUGAAAGCAUGCAUGUAUACAAAGCUCUGGAGGCCAUCAGUGCCUGUGUGAGGCAGACCAACGGGUUUGUUCAGCGCCAUGCACCUUGGAAGCUGGAUAGGAUGAACAGUGAAGACCAGCAUUGGCUAGACACAAUCAUACAUGUCUCCCUUGAAUGCCUGAGGAUUUAUGGCACACUCCUCCAGCCAAUAGUGCCAGAGAUUUCUAACAAGUUGCUGUGCAGACUAGGGGUGCAACCAGACGAGAGGAGCUGGGCGGAUGUGAACUUCCUGCCAAGGUAUCAAGGAAUGGACUGUCCCUUUGAAGGGAGAGCGCUAGGAUCGGACUCUGGAUUGCUUUUUAGUCGCUUGGAAAGUCAGAAUAUAGAUAAACAAAAACCUAAGAAAACAAAAAGGCAGAACAAUUAAAAUGAGCAAAUUUGUUUUGUUUACACUGAUUUAAGCAAUAAAGACACAUAACUCCUGUUUCUAUUUUCCCAAUCUUCUCAAAACACUGAUGUGUACAGACUGUGCUUUACUGACAUCUUUUUUCUUCUGUUAGUUUUGCUGUAAACUGUCAGGGCAUCAUCAGUUAUGUACUUUGUCUUAUAAAGUCAAGUCAGAAUUUCUGCAUUGAAAGAGGCCUUAUUGCAGUAAGGUUGAAGACAGUAAUGCCAUGCUAAAUUGAGACUGAAAGUAUAAGUGUAAAAGCAGUUUGAUCACUACAGUAAUUAGUCUGAGGAGAAAACGUCAGUCACAUCUCAUCAGAAGAUGUAAACAUUACUCAAAACACAAGCAACUAAACUUUAGCAUUUGGAGACUUUGACCAUGCCAUUUGAAGCUGUUUGGGAUUUAUUUUGCACACCACAGCAGCCUUGUUUGGGAAUCAAAGGAUUUGCAAUAUUACUUGAUCAUUAAAGAUUUCAUUGACAGUUUUUAAAAUACAGUAUACAGGCAGCCAACACAAGUACUCGACAUAAAAACUGACAUGAUUUUUUAAUGAGAAAUACACGAAACUGAAAAAUUGUACAAAUUGAAAUAAAAUAAAAAAAUUGCAUUAUUCUUAUAA